CUUCAUGCACGUACUACAUCAGCACGAUAACAAUUAUUUACUCGUUCUGCAGAUUGGUCUUUGAGCCGUAAGUAAGAAUGUCUGGAGCUGAGUAUUUGAGACAGUUUGUCAGCCAGCGACUAACUGCUGCCGCUGAAGAAAUAUUCGGAGCUUUUGAGAAAACUGUCGUUGAGUACGAGGAAGAGAUCGACCGUCAGCGCAAACUGUUGGAUAUCGUCUGGAAACCGGAAAUAAAGUUACACAGGAUAGAGCUUCCACAGCAACAUGUCUGUAAGGAGGAGGAGGUUGUUGCUGACCAGCAGCUCUGUAUUAAGGAGAGGAACUCCAGUCUGGACCAGGAGGACCCAGAUCCUCCACAGAUCAAAGAGGAACAGCAGGAACUCUGUACCAGUCAGGAAGGAGAGCAGCCUGCACUGAAGCAGGUGACUUAUACCUUACUGUUGACUCCUAUUAAUGAGGAAAGUGACCACAGUGAAGAUCAGACUGUGAGCCUCCAUAUCGAUGAAACUCAGAGUGUGGUGGAGGAGAAACCUGCAGAGAGCCAAGAUCAGAAAGGAGGCCAGCAUGGGGACUCAGGAUCAACCAGAAAUGCAGAACCAGAAGCCAAGAAGACCCAGGAUGAACACAUAAGUCACUGUAGUGAUGUAAACAACACUGAGAUUCCCCCUGAAACUCACACAGGUAAAAAGUCCAUCAGUUGUGAGACAUGUGGAAAAUGUUUUAAGUAUAAUUCAUUAUUGCAGAAACACAGUAGGGUCCACACAGGUGAGAAGCCGUUUUCUUGCAAAAUCUGUGGGAAAGAUUUUACAAGUAAUAGUUACUUGAGAGUCCACAUAAGAACCCACACAGGUGAGAAGCCGUACGUUUGCAAGAUAUGCGGGAGAGGUUUCAAUCAUACAUCAAUAUUAACAAGUCAUAUAAGAACACACACAGGGGAAAGGCCGUACCUUUGCAAAACCUGCGGGAAAACAUUCAGUAAGCUGUCAACACUGACCAGUCAUACAAGAAUUCACACAGGCGAGAGGCCAUAUUCUUGCCAAACCUGCGGGAAAGGUUUCACAACUAGCAGUUACUUGGUAGUCCACAUGAGAACCCACACAGGUGAGAGGCCGUACCUUUGCAAGACCUGUGGGAAAAGAUAUCGUAAUGUAUCAACAUUGAAAUGUCAUAUGAAAACCCACACAGGGGAGAAACCAUAUACUUGCAGAACAUGUGGGAAAUGUUUCAGAACUAGCAGUUACUUGAAAGGCCACAUAAGGACCCACACAGGUGAGAAGCCGUACGUUUGCAAGAUCUGCGGGAAAAGAUUCUGCGACAUUUCAACAAUGAUAAGGCACAAGACAACCCACACAGAUGAGAAGCCGCACAUUUGUAAAACAUGUGGGAAAGGAUUUAAACGUAAUGAUAGAUUGACUAGCCACAUUAGAAAAGCACACACAGGUGAGAAGCCGUAUGUUUGCAAGUCCUGUGGGAAAACAUUCUGUGACAGUUCUCCAUUGAUAAGGCAUUUAAGGGUGCAUACAGACGAGAAGCUUUCUGUUUGAACCAUAGAAUGUGUAAAUCAUGCAUGUAGUCACCGUGACAUCACCCAUUGUUUUGUGAACUGCCUUUUUGAUGCAUCGGGUUUGGCAUUACGGCUGUCGUCAUCUUGCUUUACGUUCAUUUGAAUCAUUGUUUUUUGAAACGGGAAGGGACCAUAUUUGGACU